CAAGAUCCUAGCGAACAGCGGGAGCUGCCCGUGUCUGUCAAGAACAAUGCCUUUCUCGAGAACAGAUGCGACCUGCACAAUGAUGAAACGCGAUAACCCCGACUGAUAUAACCUGGCUAUUUUGCACCUCACCUGGCUGUUCAUAAACAAUGCGCCGUAAGGAUUUCCCAUUAAAACAUCUGUGACUCUAAUCUUCUACCCCGUCGUUCGGAACCGCUACCUUGGACCGACGACCUGGGGAGGACAAGACAUACAAGCCAAAGCCACUCGAAUACGGAACUAAGUUAGACUUUUUACAAUGACGCCGUAUACACAUCUGACCCAAGCGGCCCUUCUGAAAUGGGUCAACACAUUCGAUACGCGGCGCAAGGCCAGCACGCUGCAGGACCUAAGGGACGGUAUCGUCCUCGGCCAGGUUCUCGAGCAGAUGCUUGCGCCGGAAUUCCACUCCUCUAGCCUUAUACAAAACCCUGCGACCGACGAGGAGAGCAAGCAGAACCUCGAGACCGUCUACCGCGGCUUGGCCAGGUUUCUUCGUACCGACAACCCCCUUCUCGCCCCCUCGCCCUCAGAAUUCCGUGCCAUAGCCGAGAACCCCGAUGACAAUGCCAUUUGCGAGUUUCUUUCGGCAUUUCUGACGGCUGCCUGCUUGGGCUCCCUCUCGAGGACCUACGUCCCCAAGGUCAUGGCUCUCGACAAGCCCACACAAAGCGAAAUCGCCAAGAUUAUCAACCAAAAGAGCCAGUUGAAGUUCGACAGGGAGCAGAGGGCGCAACAGGACCCUGAGGCAGGAGAGGAGGACCUUGACCUCCGCGCUGUUAGAGAUCCGGCCUUGAUGGCAGAAGAGCUUGACCAGAUGAAGGAUAAGGUGGAUGUGCUCAAGAAGCAAAAUGCCGACUUGCAAUCCCGCCUCGACAAGCUGCUUGACUCAAGGGAGGCCAUGCUCCACGACCUCAGGCAAGCUCAAGAUGAACUCACCACCUUGAAGCGGGCCAGGGGCUCUGAUGCAACAGCCGCUAUCAGAGACCUACGGAACGACAUCAAGGAGAAGAUGGCAGAGAUCGACAGGUUGGAAGACCUGUUGGAGAAGGAAACAUUCCGGUCGACAAGGCUUGAGAAAGAGAAUGAAUCACUCAGGGCAAAAGCCGAGCGGUUAAAAGACCUUGAAGACAAGGUCACUGAGCUUGAGCACGAGACAAAACAGCAGCAACAGCUGAUCAAGGGGCUUGAGAACUACAAAAAGAAAGCCCAAGACUUGACAGCCAUCCAGCAACGAAACAGAGUUCUGGAUGAACAGAUUGCGCAGCUUGAGCAAGAUCUAAGACACUAUGAUGAGAUCAAGGCGCAGAAUGCAAGGCUGCAGAAGGAGAUUGAGGAGAAGGUCAAGGUCUUGACGAGCAACGAGCAAGAGAUAAUUUACACUCUCCAGUCCAAGAAUGCCUUGCAGGAUGUCAACGAGGACUUGAAGAGGAGAGUCGAGUAUCUCGAGUCGAAGCGUCAGCUCGACGAGAGCACAAUUCGUGAGCUCCAGGAUCAACUCCAAUUAGGCGACAUCCCGCAACGGGUUUCCGACAGUCCAGACGCCACCACCGCCAACCUCAGCCUCGAGCAGGAAUUGGAGACCACCGCUGACCCAGCUGUCGCCCUGCGCCUGGAGGUCCAGCGGCUCAAAGCCGAAAAUGGCCUGCUGCGGAACAACAUGGCUGUGGCUUCUGAAAACGAGAGACUGCGCAGCGAGCUUGACUCGGCCAACCAGAAGGUCGAGCAUUACCGUCUUCAGUGCAACGAAGCCAUGGAGAAGCAUGCCGUGUCGCAGGAGCAGAUCAACGCCUUGGUCAACAAAGCAACAGGAGAAGGGGAGUCGGCCUUCAUCCACAUGCGCCGCAACUUGCUCGACGCAACACGAGAGCUCGAAGCGCUCCGAAAGCGCAACCAAGAACUGGAGCGGAAAGCCGCGGAUCUUGAGCGGGAGCUGCUCCAGGCCAAGACCGAGUUGACCGUCAUCGAUCAAGAGCAAGCAAUUGCCCUUGCGGCGCUCAAGUCGUCUGACGAGCUGAUCUCAGGCUCGCUGCGGACCGAACUCGAAGCGACCCGCAAGCAGCUCUCGCACAAGACGUUUGAGUUCGAGCAGAUGAAGGAGCAGCUAAUGAGCGCCUUGGUGUCCAAAGACAAGAUCCAAAAGAAGCUCGACGAGGCCCUAACCGGUGCCCUAUCCGGGCGCAACGGCCAGCCUGGCGAGGCACCCAAGGGCAAGAAGGAGGAUGCCGAGAAAAUGGAGAAGCUAAAGGCUGCGCUCAGGCAGAAGAUGGAGCAACUGGAGAAAUCGGAACAGGAAAGAUACGACUUGCAACGACGACUCAAGCUUGCCGAAAAUGGUGGUGCAUACGCUGCUCAGAAGGCCGCGAGCGACCAAAUCAUUCGCAACCUGCAGCGCGAGAACGCCAUGAUCAGCACGGCAUGGUACGACCUCACAAGUCGCUUGCAAAGUAACCACGUCGUUCUCCAAAGGCGCCAUGAUGCGCCCAAGAGUUGGUUGAAUAAGCAGAGACAGCUGGUCAACGCCACGCCUCGGAAAUAGAAGAGUUCCUCUGGAGUUUGUCGUUAAUGGAAAUGUGGGGAUGAUGUUUGGCUAUAUCAGCCAUUAAAGAAACGGUAUAGUACGAUGUUGAUCAGGCAUUGAGCAGGGGCAGCAUAGCGCGGGUUCUCUUUGGCGCCUCAUCAUGAAUCAUCUUAUGUCCAUUUUUGCAUACUAUAUAGCGUCUUCGUACGCUGGGCUUGCGGUACAAGUACCUGGUUGGAUACGGUGCAUAAUACCCCAAACGAAGCUCUGGUAGCGGCUUAAUACGGACUGAAUUGCUAAAGGGGUCACUCAACGUUAGGAC